UUCAGUAAUUGUCGUUUUCAGUUGACCCAACACGUAUGGUUGUAACAUGGAGUACAAUGAAUGCCACACAGACAACUGUAGCCAUGAUAGGCCCUUCAAUAUCUAAGAAACCCCCGAGUGUGGCAGUGAAAGGAAGUAGCUCAAAGUUUGUGGACCCUGGUACCCUGCACCAUACGCAGUUCAUACACACAGUCUCAUUCUCCGGACUCAAGCCUGGUGCUGCAUAUGUCUAUAAGGUUGGCACUACAGUGGAAAAUGUUUGGAGUGAGGUGUUCACCUUCAGAGCAAUGCAGGAGGGCUCUGAUUGGUCACCACACAUUGCCUUGUACGGAGAUUUUGGCUUUUCUAACCAUCAGUCACUUCAACGUCUAAUGAUUGACAAUAAUAAAGGAAUGUAUGAUGCCGUGUUCCAUGUUGGUGACCUGGCAUAUGACAUGGAUUCUGAUAAUGGCUAUAUUGGAGACAAGUUUAUGAAUAUGAUACAGCCUCUGUCGGCAAGGUUACCAUACAUGACAUGUCCUGGAAACCAUGAAAAUAAAUAUAAUUUCACACAUUACAAGAACCGUUUUACAAUGCCAGGUGAUGAAGAUGGUAAAAACAUGUUUUACAGCUUCGACAUUGGUCCAGCACAUGUUAUAUCUAUAUCAACAGAGUACUAUUUCUUUCUGCAAUUUGGACUGAUACAACCAUUCAGGCAGUACUACUGGCUGGAGAAUGACUUGAAGGAAGCAAACAAACCAGAGAAUCGUGCUAAAAGACCAUGGAUUAUAACAAUGGGUCACCGUCCCAUGUACUGCUCCAACAGUGAUAGGGAUGAUUGUACUAAAGAGCACUCAUGGGUCAGAGAUGGUGUGCCUGUUAUUGACAAGUUUGGUCUAGAGGAAAUGUUCUAUGAAAAUGGAGUUGACCUGGCUGUGUGGGCCCAUGAACAUUCCUAUGAGAGACUUUGGCCACUGUACAAGGAUAAGGUGCGCAAUGGCAGCUUGCAUCAGCCAUACACAAACCCUGGAGCACCUGUUCAUAUAACAACAGGAUCUGCCGGCUGCCAAGAGGACCAUGAUCCAUUCAAAGGGAAAGUUGCAGACUGGUCUGCAUUCCGUAGUGAUGACUAUGGUUACACAAGAAUGAAAAUAUUCAACAGCACACAUCUAUACCUGGAGCAGGUGUCUGACGACAAGAACGGAACAGUGAUUGACAAGAUAAUGAUCAUCAAGGACAAACAUGGUUCAUAUGUCAAGAAGGGGUGAGAGAGAUAUCAAAUGACACCAAUCAACUCUGUGAUGAAAACUACCAAAUUUAUUAUCAUUCCAAUGUUGUUGUUUUUUCCAUUGAUGGAUGAAUGUGUGAUUCUUUGACAUGGUUAAAUGUGGUUGCUCAAGUUAAGAUGUUCCAAAGCACUCGGACAAAGUAUACACUUUUUGUGAAGCUUCGCAUGCUUAGCGUGUUGCUUAACAAUAACAUUUUUUCUUGUUUAUACUACAGACUUUCAGCAAUUUUCUAAAUGGAAUUUUUAAAUUCUGAAGUGAUAUUGGUAGGACCCUCUCUUGGUAAGAUGGCAGCCAGGACCUUCAGUGGAGAUUUUUUUGGCUGAAUUUUUAAGGACAUUUGAAAUUUUUCUUUCUGUAAUCUUUUUUGAUGAUGAAAAGAAAAGUGAUAUGAUUGACUUUAACAGAUUUUCCAAAUUCAGUCAUUUGACAGUUGGAGUGUGAGUAUUUCAGUUAAAAAUAGUAGAUGGUCUUUUUGAAGGGAACGUUUAAUAAAAUUUUGGGGAAGAGGUACAUACCUUACAACAGACAGUUUUAAUCAAGUUAGAUUAUUUUUCAAUGCAAAAAAAACCCCAAAAUAUUUGCAUAAUCUAAAGUCCCACUAUACAUGCAUAGUAAUAUUGUUUCUAAUGAACUAUUCUUUUUUGUGACCCUUUGUGUCUUUGGGUCAUUGAAACAGUGACUAACCUCGUAUUUCAGUCAGUAUUAUUUUUGUUUUUGGUAAUUAGUAACAUAAUCUAGAAUUGAAAUAAUGCACCCCACCUAUUGAUUUUAAUUUUCAGUAUUCUUUUUUUUAUCACUUCGAAGUAUUAUCUUAUAUUGUAAGUUUGUAAUUAGAGUAAAAUUGUAUUCAUGUCUGUAAUGAGAGAAUACUGUGAAAUUAUUGUUAAACUUGGAUUUAUGUUUUGUGGUUGUGACAGUCCACAAAAUAAAUUCCCACACAAAUAAAAAAAUCUCUUUUUUAUCAAAAAAAUGAAGGAUCUACAAAUGUCCCGAAAAUUUUGCCAAAGUCAAGAAAUUUUAUACCCUGAAAAAUGACUGAUUUCACAGUACACUUGGCCAUAGUUGAUGCCAUGUCUGCUGUCCUUCGUUUGUCUGAAAUAUGAGAUUAUGGCUGUAUUCCUUUGACUAGUCAGAAUAGUGUUUUAGAAAUUUUAGAAUAAUCUUGUAAUUUUUGUUGGCAGAAUGAAAUAAUACACGGUUCAGCUUUGUAACUAUCACUACUGACAUUAUCCGUAGUUGAUAGGAUCCAAGACCUGCCGUCCAUUGUCUUUAACAUUUAUCAUGUGACUGUUUAAUCAAGAACAUUCAGCACAUGUUCUAAACAUUCCAGAACAGUGAUCUUUCAUUCCAAUGACCUGGAGUAUUCACUGUAUCUUCUGAGUAGUCAAAGGAGUAUGCCCAAUAUAUUGCAAAAAGUUUUUGUAGUUUGUUGCAUAAAAGACUUCAUCUGCAGCCUUUAUAUAAUGUAUAUGUGCUUAUAUUAACAACAUAACAAUAUUUGCAUCCAGUGUUAUAUUUGAGUUCGGAAACCAGUCUAAAAAAGCUGCUAUCUGAUUGGUUGAUUAUGAUCUCAGUUUUGAAUCUGACCAAUGACUAGAUUAAUUUCUUAGACUGGUCUCCAAACCUAGUUUUUUUGCCAGGUCCUUCCAAAGAAUGUUAAAAGUGCUGGGGUUAACUGUUGGUUAGCAUUGACAGAUGUCUGCCUGUUUGUUGCAACAAAAAUGUGUUUAACCUGAAAUGCAGAUGAAUUUAUAUGGACAAAUUGAGUCCACUUCAUUGACCAAAGCUUUAAAAAUAUAUGAAAAUGUUUACCAUUUUCACUUUCAGACAUUUAAGGGGGCAGGAACUUUCAGGUGUUGGGGUGCUGCUGCUCUUUGUCGGGCAGAGGAAGGGCCUGUAUGAUCCAACAGAUCACUGAUCAUUGUAUAUAUUUGAUGAUUGUAUUAACUAAUUCAAUGCCUUAUCUUGCAAUUUCAUAUUUCCUUGUCUCAGUGCAAAAUUAUUCUAUUUACUUCAUUAUUUAUAUGCAGUUACAAUAUAGUUAGGCACUGAGGUAAUGAUUCUUCAGAAGUUUAGUAUUAUCUAAUUAUACAUAAUAAAUAUAUUAAAUUUGAUACAAAUAUAACAUACAAACAAGAAAUACAUGUAUCAUAAUUUGAUGGUUACUGUUCAGUAUACUGAACCUACAUUUUUGGCAAUUUAAGGAUGUUAUUUGUAUUCUUAAAGGCAAAAAUUCAUUUUAGCAUAUUUUGAGAAAAUGACCAAUUGAUAAUGAAAUCAGAAAAGUCUUGUUUGAUUGUUUGAUUUAACAAAUAAUCAAGGCCUUCGAGUGGUUUAUCGUCUGAUUUACCAUGGUUCAGAGUUCAGAUGCAUAGGAAUUGAACCAUGAGGGCGUUAGCCCGAGUGGUUAAAUACUGAAGCAUCUAAACGAUGAACCAUGGUAAAUUAUACGAUAAAUCACAAGAAGGCCUUGAUUGUUUUCAUUCUGACAUGCUCAUUGACAUAUUUUAAUAAAUAUUAUGCUGGACUUCAUUUACCCGAGGAGUAAUGUUCGUACGUCCUGUGGCAAUUUGACGUCAUAAUACUCUCUUACCGGUCUGUGCGUCAACUGUUGUUUAUCACAGAAUAUACAGAGCUUGAUUUCCUUCUUUGUUUAAAUGGAAAUCAAAUCAAGUCAUGUUAGAAUAAAAGUUGAGCCACUGAUAAUAGAAUAAAGAAAAUAACUAAACCAGUCAGAAUGGUAAAUUCAGACAUUUCGUUGGAGUUAUCAAAGUUUUAAUAUUUUUUAAGUUUGGUCUCUUGAAAUUUAGACUUUUUGUAGUUGCAUCAGUGGGAGACCAUAGUUCUAUUUAUACUUUGCGUUCAAUUACUUUUAACUUCCUGGAUCUCUGAAGAUAACAUUUUCAAGUUUAUCAUAUCCAAUAUUUUGAGAGCUGUAAUAAAAUGGAAAUGCUUACAAAA